CGCAGAAUCCUUCUCUGUAUGAGUCAUAUUCCUCUCUCUCUCUCUCUUUCUACAAAUUUCAAAUAUUUGCGUCUGAAUCACACCGCGUCCACCAAAUCCGCCAUGCCCAUAUCUUGAAAUCCGAUUCUCUCCCCCGAAAAUCUCUCGAUAUCUAAAUCAAACCUUAUCUCAACCUUUCUUUAUCUUCGAUCUUAGGUUUAAGCCACUCUAUGGUGGUGAGAAUGAAGCAGAUCAUGCGGUGGCCGCCGUGGCCUCCGCUUUUCGCCGUCAAAUUCGACGUGGUCGUCGUCGUCCACAAAAUCGAGGGGUUAAAUUGCGAUAUUGAUUGCGAUAAUAGUACAGUCGGUGAUCAGAAUCAGCGAGGUCCAACGAGGAAGAGACCUGUCGUUGAGAUCAAAUGGAAUGGACCCAAAACGGUUACACUCAGACGCUCCGUCGUACGGAAUUUCACCGAAGAAGGCGGAUUUCGCGGCGACGGCGUCGUCGAGUGGAACGAAGAGUUUAAGAGGGUUUGCGAAUUCUCUGUUUACAAAGAAGGAGAGUUUCUUCCAUGGCUCGUUUCUUUCACCGUCUUCAAUGGACUGAAUCAAGGAUCGAAGGAGAAAGUUCGUAGCUUUGGAAAGGCAUCGCUGAACAUUGCAGAAUUCUUUUCAUUGAUGAAAGAAGAUGAUGUUCAAGUCAAAGUGCCUCUAAAGAUCUGUGGCUCAUCAUCUGCGCGGAGUCCGUGUCUUCAUAUAUCUCUUCAGUUUUCCCCUAAAGAAUCAUUGCCUGAAAGACAGAGAUCCGCUCUUCCUGUUCUGUGGUCUCCUCUUUCCGCAGAGGCCGAGAAAGCCGAGUCUGUCGUAAAAGUAGGCCUGAGAAAGAUGAAAACAUUCAACCAUUGCAUGUCAAACCCCCACGCAUCGGAAAAUGAGACUAGUAAAAAAGAUGGAAGCAGCGGAAGUGAAAGCAAAAGCCCUGAGAGAAAUCUUGAUUCUGAGUCUACUUAUCCUUCUGAUACAGAUUCUCUGGAUGAAGGUAAUGCUGGGGAAGACUCAGAAGAGAACAAAGAGAAUGCAAGCGGUGUGGCUGAUCCGGUUAAUUACGAAACUCUUCGAUAUGCAAAUUGGGCUAGAGGCUCGUUCCAUGCUGAUACAAACCCCGAAGAUGAGGAUUUGAUAUAUUACAGCAAUCGCAGGCCAUUAGCAGAGACCGAGCAUUGCAGUGAUGAGGUUUCGAAUGAGGCAGUAAGCGUAGUACAGGCGAAUGGACAAAUGUCUAAGAAGAGAAUGUUAUCUUGGAAGAAGAGAAAACUCAGUUUUAAAUCUCCUAAACAGAAAGGCGAACCACUUCUUAAAAAGGAUUGUCUUGAAGAAGGCGGUGAUGAUAUCGAUUUUGACCGUAGACAACUAAGUUCAUCUGAUGAGUCUAUCUCUGAUUGGUAUAGGUCUGAUGAUUCAACCAUGAAGCCAUUAUCCGAGUUUGGAGAUGAUGACUUUGUUGUUGGUAGCUGGGAAACCAGAGAUAUCACAAGCCGUGAUGGGCUGAUGAAACUCACGGCUCGAGUAUUUCUCGCAUCAAUCGAUCAAAGGAGCGAGAGAGCUGCUGGAGAAAGCGCCUGCACAGCCUUAGUUGCAGUGAUGGCACAUUGGUUAGGCUCCAACAGGGACAUAAUCCCAACAAGGUCAGAGUUUGACAGUCUUAUCAGAGAAGGAUCAUCCGAGUGGAGAAACCUGUGCGAGAAGGAGGAAUACCGGGAACGGUUUCCAGACAAACAUUUCGAUCUCGAGACGGUUCUCCAGGCGAAGAUCAGACCCAUCUGUGUAAUCCCCGAGAAAUCAUUCAUCGGUUUUUUCCAUCCAGAAAAAUCAGAGGAAGAAGAAGACACGAGUCUAGACUUUCUCAAAGAUGUAAUGUCCUUUGAUAGUAUAUGGGAAGAGAUCAUGGAACAAGAACCAGAAGAGUCUACAAGCGAACCCGUGAUCUACAUUGUGAGCUGGAAUGAUCAUUUCUUCGUCCUUCUUGUGGACCACGAUGCUUAUUACAUCAUAGACACGCUUGGAGAGAGGCUCUAUGAGGGUUGCAACCAAGCUUAUGUCUUGAAAUUCGACAAAGAUGCAGAGAUCCAGAGAUUGGCACCGGUUAACACUGACCAAGGGAACCAGAAACCAGGUGGUAAGAACAAGUCCGAUGGAUCAACAGAAUCAGAUGAAAAAGAAGAAGAAAACGAAGAAGUAGUAGUGUGUAGAGGUAAAGAGUCGUGUAGAGAGUAUAUAAAGAGCUUCCUCGCUGCGAUUCCAAUACAGCAAGUGAAAGCUGAUAUGAAGAAAGGAUUGGUAUCGUCUUUGCACCACCGUCUUCAAAUCGAGCUUCACUACACCAGACACCUUGAUCAACCCAAACUCAAUCUGCUGCUAGAAUCCUCUGCAAGAGAAGCAAUUGUGUCUGAAAAUGUCGUAUUCAGCAGUGGUGGUGGGUUUGGUUGCGAAAUGGCUGAGCUUUUGGGCGUUGAAGUUUGAGACAAGUGUAUAGAGUAAAAAAGUCUCCUUUAGUGUGAAUUUUUGGUGUUUUAACUUAAUAAUUUUUUUUUGCCUUAUGUUGGUGUUCAUAAUGUCUUCUUUGGAAAGUCAAAGAGAAAGACUUUUUCUUCCUCUCCUACAAUAAUGUAUUGAGGAAAUUUACCAGAGAUGUUAUAAUAUUAUUCAAUAAAAACAUUAAC